AUGCCACAGAACUUCCAGUAUUUCCACAGUUUUCUAAGCACAAAUAAGAUAAUAGAGAAUUCCUUGACAUUAUUCAUUGGCAGGUUCUUGAAAGAUGUGAUUGAAACUGGCACAGAGAAGGGCUGUGCGGUAUUCAAACCCACCGGUGCACCUGCUGAGGAGUGCGGACAGACACAGGUGAGCGAAGCACAGCGUCCCAGACAGACAGACAGACGGGCACAGGCGAGCGAAGCGCAGCAUCCCGGACAGACAGGCAGACGGGCACAGGCGAGCGAAGCGCAGCAUCCCGGACGGACAGGCAGACGGGCACAGGCGAGCGAAGCGCAGCAUCCCGGACGGACAGGCAGACGGGCACAGGCGAGCGAAGCGCAGCAUCCCGGACGGACAGGCAGACGGGCACAGGCGAGCGAAGCGCAGCAUCCCGGACAGACAGACAGACGGGCACAGGCGAGCGAAGCGCAGCAUCCCGGACAGACAGGCAGACGGGCACAGGCGAGCGAAGCGCAGCAUCCCGGACAGACAGGCAGACGGGCACAGGCGAGCGAAGCGCAGCAUCCCGGACAGACAGACAGACGGGCACAGGCGAGCGAAACGCAGCAUCCCGGACAGACAGACAGACGGGCACAGGCGAGCGAAGCGCAGCAUCCCGGACAGACAGGCAGACGGGCACAGGCGAGCGAAGCGCAGCAUCCCGGACGGACAGGCAGACGGGCACAGGCGAGCGAAGCGCAGCAUCCCGGACGGACAGGCAGACGGGCACAGGCGAGCGAAGCGCAGCAUCCCGGACGGACAGGCAGACGGGCACAGGCGAGCGAAGCGCAGCAUCCCAGACGGACAGGCAGACGGGCACAGGCGAGCGAAGCGCAGCAUCCCGGACAGACAGACAGAUGGGCACAGGCGAGCGAAGCGCAGCAUCCCGGACAGACAGGCAGACGGGCACAGGCGAGCGAAGCACAGCAUCCCGGACAGACAGACAGACGGGCACAGGCCAGCGAAGCGCAGCAUCCCAGACAGACCGACAGACAGACGGGCACAGGCGAGCGAAGCACAGCAUCCCAGACAGACAGGCAGACGGGCACAGGCGAGCGAAGCGCAGCAUCCCGGACAGACAGACAGACAGAUGGGCACAGGCCAGCGAAGCACAGCAUCCCGGACAGACAGACUGACAGACGGGCACAGGCCAGCGAAGCGCAGCAUCCCGGACAGACAGACAGACAGACGGGCACAGGCCAGCGAAGCACAGCAUCCCGGACAGAUGGGCAUGGGGAGCCCAUGUGGGCUGCGGGCACCACCAUAGUUUGGGGACAGGCAGCGGGCAGGAAAAGCACCAUAACCUCCCCCCAAAGCUUGGUCAGGGCAGCUCCCUGGAGAGCAGACCCGAGACGAUGAACAGACAGCAGACUGCCAUUCAUGUUUAGAAAGCAAACACACACGGCAUUGGGUGGUUCUGUGCUGUUGUCCUGUCCCGCUGCCCUCAGCGCAGCUGUGUGAACACGCUGCCGACAGCUGUGCUGGGACGGGGCACAGAGAUUUAUCCUUUAAAGCAGAUGCCGCUGGCUGUGGGCACUGUGCCACUGGCCCGCUGUCCCCAUGAGCGGGGACACUGGGCUCCCCCUCGCCCCCAGGACGACACGGGGCUGCGGACGCCGCGGUACUGCAGGCAGGCGGGCGCUGUGCCCGGAGCUCCAGCCCCGUCCAUCGCGAAGGGAUGAUGGAGGAAACGCUCAUACGCCGGUUAUGCAACUCCUCUAUAAUCAUAUUUGACUUACUUUCAUCACUGUCUUUAUGGGUUUACUAAUUGGCUUACACUUUCAUUAGAAAGAUCUUUAUGAAGAGCUUUUUAUACUGUCAGGAAAAGCAACAACAACAAAAAAAAUCCAAACUAUAUCAGAUUAAAACCCUUAAAUGCAAUGUAAUAUUUUACCGCCUGAAGGCUCUUUUAUAACCCUGAGAGGCUGACUCUGUUCUUGGAGAUGGAUUUUAGUAGGCUUUGUGAGCCUGUCCCAGCAUUUGAUGAAAUUGGCCACUUUGUACUUUCUGGACUGCAAAACACAGCUUCACGGAAACGGCCUCGGAGCUUUCACUGCCUUUUUUUGGUUCCCACUUUGGAAGUGCGGGGGGGCCACACAAGCGCCUCCUUGCACGGUUACUGUGGGCCUGGGGCCGCAGGAGCCAGGUGGAAGAGCCCAAAUCUGCCCCGGGCCCCAGGCCGCGGGUCCUGAGCGCCCUGCCGGCCACUGCCCCUUGCUCGCCUUUCAGCCACUUGAAAGUGUGCUGAACUGGAUACAGCUCCAGUUAUAUUUCUCAACAGAAACCUAUUCCUGUCCAUUAUGGGAUAUUUUGUGCACAAAACUUAAUAUUCAUGGUAUACACCUGCUGCUAUAACCACCCAGAAAAGUGUAAGACCUGAAGUGUGCGAAUUCCAGCCAGGUGAGCCCUGGUCAUCACUGAACCCGCUUUACAGGCUGGUUUCUCACCGUCUUCACUUACACCGUGCAAACUUGGGCUCUCAGGAAAGAGGCCUCCAAGCCUGGAGAGGAGGCAGCUGGGUUAGCAGGCACAUCAGUGACAUUCACAGAUACCUCCAACUGAGCAAGCAGAGAGCAGCCAUAGCAUUAACUUUGAAAUACGCAAUGGAACAGAGGAAAACAUACCAACUCCCUUAACAAAAAUGAAGAGGAAACAGCAAGUAUAGGUGUGAAAAAAAUACCUGUGUGUGAUUGGAAAAGAUUCCAGCUGGCCCCGGGGUCGCCGUUGCUGUCACUGGUGCAGAGGUGUUGGAGCCGAGACGACAGCCGUGACCCAGGCAGCUCACGCACCGCAUGGCGUUUUAACGAUGUCCAGUCAUUAAGGUGUACUUUAGCAUCUGUGUUGCAGCAAUGUCCAAACUCCCAUAUAACUAAAAAUACCUCUGUAGCUGUUUGGAUUUCACCUUUCAGGUGGGCAUGUAGCCAGCCCUUAUGGGGUCUGCAGGUUUUGCUCUGUUCUGGGGCCUACACAUCUAUCACCCUUUCUAAGACUAGUCCCAUGACCCAUAAAGAUGUCACCUCUGAGUGUGAAACUCCCGUCUUUAUAUCCCCACACAUGCAGCACGACUUGUGUUUAAAGCAUUUUACUGUGAUUGCGAGCAGCUGCAGCUGAUCAGUUGUAGCACUGAGGUCACAGCUGGUGAGCGUCCAGGCUGCUGGCGGCUCCGCAGGCGUGUGCCGCGUGCCCCAUCCCUGGCAGGCGGCACAGGUGAGCAGCGUGUCCGCGGAGCUGUCAGUGCUGUCCAUGGCUGGUUUCGGCGUGCAUCGCCUGCCGCUGGCUCAGCGCUGCGCCGUCUGUGUGCAGGUAGGAGCCCUGCUCAGCCAAGUCUCUGCUAAAUUACCCGCAGAUGUUACACUUACAUUUCCUUAAGGUUACAAGCCAAACCUGGUGAUUGCUGAAUGAGCCACAGCUCAGACUGCCUUUGCACGCUGGCUGUGCCGUUGUAUGUCAGUCUCCUUCCAUACGCACCGCUCAGUUCUGUUCCAGUUACCUGUCUCGACAAGGAGAAAAGCUGCCUGCACCAGUAAAAGCUUUUCCAGGGUGGUGUUGGCGUGGUGUCUGCGCCAUGACCAGGAAGGUGCUUUCAUGCAGGCUGGCACUUCCAAAUGUCUCUGCAGAGGAUCCAGAGGUGGCCCUUGCUGAACACAGACUUGUAAAGCACCUGGAACUGAGCAGCAGUGGAACAGCUGUGACAUGAACUCUUCUUUGCAGCUGAAGGACAAGUGAAUUUCAGCAUGAGUUUGUAGCCUGGAUUCGAUUUUACAGCCACCAAACCAAGUCAUUUCUCUCAGCAUUACACUUUUUGAAGAGUAGCCCCGUGGGAAGUGAGCAGGCCCCGGUGUAACGCAGAGGGGUGCGAGGUCCCCCCAGGGCUGCGUGCUCUGCACAGCCUCAUCCUCACCCUCAUUCUCAGCCUCAUCCUCAGCCUCAUCCUCAGCCUCAUCCUCAGCCUCACCCUCAGCCUCAUCCUCAGCCUCAUCCUCAGCCUCAGCCUCAGCCUCAGCCUCAGCCUCAGCCUCAUUCUCAGCCUCAGCCUCAGCCUCAUCCUCAGCCUCACCCUCAGCCUCACCCUCAGCUUCAGCCUCAGCCUCACCCUCAUCCUCAGCCUCACCCUCAUCCUCAGCCUCAGCCUCACCCUCAUCCUCACCCUCAUUCUCAGCCUCAUCCUCACCCUCAUUCUCAGCCUCACCCUCAUCCUCAUCCUCACCCUCAGCCUCACCCUCAUCCUCAUCCUCACCCUCAGCCUCAUCCUCGUUCUCAGCCUCACCCUCACCCUCACCCUCACCCUCACCCUCAUCCUCAUCCAUCCUCCACCACCCUGCGCAGCCGUUCCCGAGGGAGGCGGGUUUGUGGCAGCCCCGUUCCCUGCCCCAGGCUGUCGGUCCAGCCGCUGGCACAGGCCGGUGCCAGCUGGGCACUGCGGGUAACGCUGGAGCCUGCAGUGCAUCCCUGUGGCUGAUGUUCCCCCGCGGUGCCAUCGCCGUGUCCUGUGCCGGGUGACGGGCUCUGCAGCGCCACUGUGCACCCAUGAACAGCGCAGGAGCCGUGAUCACCUGCAUCCUCACGAUUACAGUCCUCCAGCUUCACCUCAAAACAACUAUUUCUGCCUACUUUUGAAUCAUAACCAGGUGUAAAUAUUCAAUAAUUAUCUUAUUUCUGAUGUAGAAGCAGUCAAAUCUAGCUUCUGACACACUGAAACUGCUUGCUUUAAUCGUUACAAAUACUUUUACUUAAAAUUAUCUUAUGCCAUCACUUGAUCAGAUGCCGUCUGUCAGCGACCCUUUGUAUUUCCCAGAAUGGACAACCCUUACCCUGACAAGCACUAAAUCCAGUGACGUUCAAUGCUAUGCACUGGAAAAAAAAGCCCUUCAGAAAUAAAUGAAUAAAAUAUGGUUACUGAGCUUUUAUUAGAAAAA